AUGGCGGAGAGAUCUGAUAAUCAUAACCAUCAGAAAUCUCAGCGGAGAAAGAGUUGGAGUGGAUUAUUGGACUCCGCCUUUACUGGUCCAGCCAGAGACCUUCACGGGCACGAUCGAUCUGUUUCCGAUGGCUUUUAUGCGACAACACACCGCUCGGGUUCGCGUCCGCUAAGGGCUCACCACAGGCAGCCAAAGAGCAGUGGACGGCCCUACAGCAGCGGCUCCCCGAUUGCCAGGGAAUACCUCGCCUCCCCGUCCACAGAUGAGCUCUCGAAUACGCGAUCGAAAUCCUCUCAGAAAUCCAUGCGAAAAUCCGUGUUUGGGUCCUUGCGCUCGCUGGGCUCAAUUGAUGAUGACCAGCGCUCGACAAGAGCCCGUUCUAAAGCGUCCUCUGGUGAUGAGGAAGACGUUGCCGCAAGCCUGGCCACCCUGAAAUCCCUCUUAGGAAACCAAACCUUACAUCAUGGCGAAGUCCAAACAACAGGCGGCAUGUGGCGGAAGAAGAGCCAGUACCUGGUGCUGACGGAUACUCAUUUGGUGCGGUUCAAAAGCCAGUCAAAAGCGGCAGAGCUUUUCCCCUCCAUCCCGGCCUCAUGUGGUCGAAAUUCUCUGGUUUUGACUUCCACGAAUCGGCAAUCAAUGGUCUCAAUUGCUUCCUUUCAGGACCCGCAGUUGGCUACUUAUGCGGACCUUGCGGCGGGGAUACCAUUGAACUCUAUAGUGGCAGUCUACAAGCUCGAUGAUGGACGACCUUACUUUUCAAUUGAGGUCUGCCAUAUGGACGAGCGAUCCCCCAAACCCUUGUCUUUCCAGCUACAAUUUAGCGACCCGGAGGAAUCUGGAUUAUGGCUAGCAGGUAUCCGUGCGGCAGCUGAGCAAGCCCGAGCUAUUGACCCGCCGAUGUUUGAUCAAAAGUCCGUAGAAUACGUUGCCAGGGCUCUCGAACUUGAACGAGACUAUGACCCGGAUUGUUUCCGAAUGUACAAGGUCGUGCAACGCGUGGCGACCAAGUCUGGUGGCAGAUCAUCGAAUGAUGACUUCGCGAAGCUGACUUCGAAUGUGUGUUAUCUGGCUAUCGGCGUCCAUAAAAUCCACUUAAUACCACUACCGAAGUCGUCCAAUCGGGGUUCCGUCACCUCUAUAACUGAGUUGGAUAUGAACAUGUCAUUUGGGUUUAUGACGUUGACGUCCGUGUCGAUACAGGGAGGCGAUGAUGCUUUCCAGCUGGUAUUCCGGCCGGAAUGGCUGCAACAACCAUUUGGCUUCAAUGUCCCUCAGCAUGUAGAAGAUCAAGUCGCUCCAUUAAUGUACGUGGAUCAAGAUCAUGGUGGAUUCGAUCGCACUCUUACAGCUUACUGCGCCGCCUACGAUGUCGACACCUCAAAUAUCCGUUAUACAAUUGAUUACGCCUGUGAUGACGCUCCAUGUUUUCGUUUACUGCACCCCGCGAGCGGUAAGGAUCGGCGCAGGUAUUCCGCUCUAGAACUUUUAGCUGUUAUGCGCUCGCUACGAUAUAAUGAGUCCUUCGUUACGAUCUCGUUUAUGGAUAUCAAUUUAGAUGUUCUUCAUAGUUUGCGCGACCCCUGUGGAAUUGAUAUCGAUGCUGCAACGACCCGUUCCAACCUCGCUAUUCGACUUCCUGGUCAAGAAAAUAUGUCUAUCCUGUCUCAGGAAAUUCGCGCCUUGUGUCUGAAGAAUAAACGCCUUCGGAAGCUGGAUUUCUCGUUCUGUCUGACCAGACAACCGUCUACGAACAGAGGGGCGCUUGACCCGGGCUGCGGAAUUCCGGAAGCAAUAUUUCCCCUUUGCCGACGCCAGCUAACGAACGUGGAUUGGGUUGUAUUAAAUGGAAUCAAACUGGGCGACUCGGACCUGGAUUAUUUGGUUGAUGCUGCAUCACAGAAAUCUUCUCACCUUCGAGCCCUUGAGGUCAGUCAUUGCGGUAUAUCAAUCCAUGACCUUGACCUGAUCCUUUCGACAAUAACCGCUCAGGAUAAUUCUUUAGAAUCUGUUGAUAUCUCCGGUGUUCAGGGAAGACUAAGCCCUGAACUAUUUCAACAGCAAAUAGGCUACUUUGCACAUAUCCGAAAAAUAAACCUUUCACACAUCUCAAGGACCACAGGACCAGAGCCGCUUAUUGCCCCAGAAACGCUACUGAACUGGCGACUGGAGGAGUUGUCCCUGAGUCACACAGCGGUUAAUGGACAAACCGUGGACUCAGUCGCGGCAUACCUAGCAAGCCCUAGAUCCAGCACACUUCGAAAUCUGAAACUCGACCAAUGUGGCCUGACCGGAAGAGACGUCGCGGUAUUUCUCCAUUCCAUGACGAAUGAUUCGGGGAAGCCACGAAACAUCCAUCUCCACGUCAGUGAAAAUCGCCUUCAUGUCGAGUACUCUCUGCUAGUUGACGCGAUUGCGAAUGAUAAAACCCCAACUCAUCUGACGAUGAGAAUGAUGGAAUUUCAAAAAGAAGACCACUUCCGGCGAUUGCUUGAUGCCGUGAGGAAAAAUACGACAUUAAAGUAUCUUGAUAUUUCGAAGGCGUCCUUGCCAUAUGACGCUGGCCCGGAAACGUGCAAGGCACUCCGACUCAUGUUUGAGGAAAAUAACUCGAUCGAGGAAUUAGAUAUCAGCGGUGAAUACGCGCACCUGGACGUUGCUCGGUUUGGUAUUGGUCUAAACCAGGCCUUGACUGGUCUGAAAAAAAAUACUUCGCUGAGGGUAUUGAAGAUUGAACAUCAAAGACUGGGGCUGCAGGGGGCCAAUACACUUGCGUCUGUGCUGGAAGAAAAUGGAACCCUUUUCGAAGUUUACUGCGAUAAUAAUGAAAUCAAUCUCCAGUCCUUUACAGUACUAGUUAACGGCCUGCAAAAAAACAAGAAGCUUCUACAUCUUCCCUCAAUGGUAAAGGACAGAGAGCAGUGUCUGGAGCGAGUUCGCCGUGAAAUCGAGUCCGUGAGCCAGAAUUCCUCAAACACCGGAGGGUCUAAAACAACCACCAUACGCAAGACCCUCCAGGCAGCUGUUUCUGGUGGAGCUACAAGCUCGGGGAACAAGUUAGUUAAACCAGCACCGGCAUCGGUACAACAGGGGAAUCCUCAUACGACUACAUUCUCCUCGCCGUUAGCCUCUUCUGCCCCCAUGCUAGCCAGUACAACCACCCACCCACAUGCUCUACGGCACGAUGUGCAAGCGGUGCUUCAAUCGCUAGGCGAGAAAUGGGAUAUUGAAGUCCAACGCCUUCAACGGUAUCUAGUACGAAAUUACAAUCUGGCCCAUGGCCUCGUCGAUGAAUACGGUAAUAGCGCCGACGACGAUGCGAGCGAUGGCCGGCCAACUACGGCUGCCAGUCUCGGUACAUUUCUCAACCAGCUCUCGUCUGAACAGACCAAUCCAAACCAACCCGAUGGGACAUAUAAUGAAGAGCACUACAGCAGCCCUGAGAACAACGACCACAACGAAAACCUUACCAUCCAAAUCACCAAGACUAAAGCGAAAUCGUCCACAUCCGAUGCCUCUCGUACCCACUCUUCACGUCCUCCCUUACUCAAAUACCAUACCUCUAGUGGCCUACAAACGUCGUCCACAGAUCGCUCCGUCCCGACCCCUUCUCUCCCACACCUGGCUACCCCAGGAACUUUAAAUAAUAACAGCAUCCGCACGACUAAGAGUAACAGCAAUCUAAGCAGUAAGGCAACCACAAGCACACCCACCAACACGGGUACCCGGCUAUCCGACACCGCUUCCUCGUUUCGCGGGUUGCUCAUGGCGCGAUCCAUGGAGCGACGCGAGCAGAAGAAGGAUAGGGGCCCUCUAUUAACCCUCAGCCAGCCACCCAGGCUUGAUUGGAGGCUACCUGAUUUGGAAGCAUGA